AGACUCGGCGAGUGAGUGAAUCUACCCAGAGUUGGAGCUUCCUUUGCGGCUUGGGAACACCAGUCCCACCGUGUCUCUGUGGCUUGCCUUUAGGUAAUUUUGACCAUGACUGUAGAACCCAGCAGCUCAGAAUCCGUGAAAAGGAGAGUGGGGAGGAGGCUUCUGUUGUCACUGUUGUAGACACUGAGGAUACAGAACUGAGCAAUGCUUUCACCAUUUGGGGGGACAAUUGAGAAUUCCUCUAAGAAGUUUCCUUGAAUGUGUGCAAAAAACCCCCAAAAAACUCCCACUCCUCCUCCCUCGAUACUAACUACUUUACUCUGGGUGGAGGUGAGGUCCAAGCGCUUGGAGAACUAAACACGCGUCCCCAGGAGCCCAGCGUGAGUAACAAAGCUGAGAAGCAGCCCCGAGUGUCGGCGCGGCAGGACCGCGGAGAGCGCCCCGGCCAAGUCCAGGGCGGGGCCGUGGCCCGCGUUCCCGGACGAUGCUCGUAUCCGCCGGAACCCCCCAGGGGGCGCUCGUGCGGAGGUUUCUGAACUAGUAUCUUGCCGGGUUGCUGGGCGCAUGGUUUCGUCAGAAGGUGGAAAUCUCUCUGUGAGAAGCUGCCGUCUCCCCGCCACCCGCUCUUGUCCCCUUGUCUUCUCUCCUUCCUCAUUUCCUUCCUCCCUCUCCUCUACACUUCCUCCCCCUUUCUCCAGUACCCUUCUCUUUACUCUUUGAGUUAACUGACAGCCGACCUGCCAUCUCCAGCAUUUCACCCUCUUCCCCCACCCCCAUCGCCAAGAAUGGAGUCAGGGUUUCCGGAGAGACCAAACUCUCCUCUCAGCAUCUCUUGCGUCCGCUGUUGCUAAACUGGCCUCAGAAGACGAGGGGGAGGGCAGUCCGACCCCCACCCCCUUACACCACUACACAACUACAACACAAGCCACCUUCACUCCAGAGGCGGAUUUUGCAUCCGAGGGGCGGGACAGACCUCGUCCCGGGCUGAAUUCUCUCUCUACUCUUGGAGCUUGGCACACCCAGAAUGAAGAAGAUGAGCAACAUUUAUGAGUCAGCUGCCAACACGCUGGGAAUCUUCAACAGCCCCUGCCUGACCAAAGUUGAGCUGCGUGUGGCAUGCAAAGGCAUUUCCGACAGAGAUGCCCUUUCUAAACCAGAUCCCUGUGUCAUCCUCAAGAUGCAGUCCCACGGGCAGUGGUUUGAGGUUGACAGGACAGAGGUGAUUCGCACCUGCAUAAACCCAGUGUACUCAAAACUGUUUACCGUGGACUUUUACUUUGAAGAGGUACAGCGCCUGCGGUUUGAAGUCCAUGACAUCAGCAGCAACCACAAUGGGCUGAAGGAGGCUGACUUCCUUGGUGGCAUGGAGUGCACACUUGGUCAGAUUGUUUCCCAGAGAAAGCUGUCUAAAUCCUUGCUGAAACAUGGGAACACAGCCGGGAAAUCCUCCAUCACGGUGAUUGCUGAAGAAUUAUCUGGAAAUGAUGACUACGUUGAGCUUGCAUUCAAUGCACGAAAAUUGGAUGACAAGGAUUUCUUCAGCAAAUCUGACCCCUUUCUGGAAAUUUUCCGGAUGAAUGAUGAUGCAACUCAGCAGCUGGUGCACCGAACUGAGGUUGUGAUGAAUAACUUAAGCCCAGCCUGGAAAUCAUUCAAAGUAUCAGUCAAUUCUCUAUGCAGUGGAGACCCAGACCGCCGGCUGAAGUGCAUAGUGUGGGACUGGGACUCCAAUGGCAAGCAUGACUUCAUUGGGGAAUUCACCUCGACAUUCAAGGAGAUGAGAGGAGCAAUGGAAGGGAAACAGGUGCAAUGGGAGUGCAUCAAUCCCAAGUACAAAGCCAAGAAGAAGAAUUAUAAGAACUCAGGCCUUGUGAUUCUGAAUCAGUGCAAGAUCCACAAGAUGCACUCUUUCUUGGACUACAUCAUGGGUGGCUGCCAAAUCCAGUUUACAGUAGCUAUAGAUUUCACUGCCUCAAAUGGAGACCCCAGGAACAGCUGUUCCCUGCACUACAUCCACCCUUACCAACCCAAUGAGUACCUGAAGGCCCUGGUAGCUGUAGGAGAGAUUUGCCAAGACUAUGACAGUGACAAGAUGUUCCCAGCCUUUGGGUUUGGCGCCAGGAUACCCCCAGAGUACACGGUCUCUCAUGACUUUGCAAUCAACUUUAAUGAAGACAACCCAGAAUGUGCAGGAAUUCAAGGAGUUGUGGAAGCCUAUCAGAGCUGUCUCCCGAAGCUUCAGCUCUAUGGUCCCACCAACAUCGCCCCCAUCAUUCAGAAGGUUGCCAAGUCAGCCUCGGAGGAGACUAACACCAAGGAGGCCUCGCAAUAUUUCAUCCUGCUGAUCCUGACAGAUGGUGUCAUCACAGACAUGGCGGACACCCGUGAGGCCAUUGUCCAUGCUUCCCACCUCCCCAUGUCGGUUAUCAUCGUGGGAGUGGGGAACGCUGACUUCAGUGACAUGCAGAUGCUGGAUGGUGAUGACGGGAUUCUGAGGUCACCCAAAGGAGAGCCUGUCCUUCGAGACAUCGUGCAGUUUGUGCCCUUCAGGAACUUCAAACAUGCAUCUCCAGCUGCCCUGGCAAAGAGUGUGUUGGCUGAAGUCCCAAACCAAGUCGUGGACUAUUACAAUGGCAAGGGGAUUAAACCAAAAUGUUCAUCAGAAAUGUAUGAGUCUUCCAGGACACUAGCUCCAUGAACUCCAUACACUUUUAUGAAGUUCUGAAAUACUAUUCCUGCUAAUAUUUAAUACUUCUACUACUCCCAUACUUAAAAAGAAAAUACACAUUUAAAAAUAGCACGUUUUGGUGAUUUUUAACUAACUGACAAUUAUUUUUGCAUGUGUAGCCCCAGGGCCUGGAUCUGUUAAGCCCUUGUAUUGUCAAAGACUUUUUACAAAGAGAUGCAAAUAAUAACAACUUACUCUUUACAUUACAGCAUGGCACCUUGAAAUAAAAUGGUAUCUGUAUCCGUUUUUUAUACAGGUUUGUUGAAAUUUUGCUAAAUUUCUUAUUAUCUUUACACUGUAAAGCAUUUUGAAACAAUAUUGAACGUUGAUAGCCAAAACACACUUGGUUUUAUCUGCUACAGGAAGAGAGACUUUUCAAAAUGGCAGAUGCAUGGACUGUAUUUUGCAUGUUUAAAAUAAAAAAAAAAAACCUCACACUGUUUUUGCAGUUAUUAUCUAUAAUUCCUCCCUGCUUAGACUGGUCUCUUUACUAAAGAAGAAGUUUAUCCACCUAGAGGUCUUCUUUUGGAAACAGGUCUGGGGCAUGUGACCCAGCACCUCAUACUUUACUGUGCACAAAAAUCACCUGAGAGUCUUAUUAAAAUUCAGAUUUUGAUGUGGUAGGUUUAUGUGGGGCCCAAGAUUUUACAUCUCUAAUGAGGUCCCAGGUGAUGCUAAUUCAGGCUUUCUACUGCACUAAGAGUAGGGAGGUUCUAACUUUAGAGUUUCAUAAUAGAGACCAUCUGAAACAGGGCAGCUCCUACUCUGCUUGAGAAUGGCAUCUCUUCCCUGCCCGUAGCAUAAAGGUCCUGCCUGUCUCAGAGGUGAGAGUAGAAAGUAAUGAGACUGAUUCCAGAAGCUGCACACCCCAAAUCAGUCUCACUGCUUUAUAAUCACACCUCUUCCUUAAAUUAGAUGAGGGAGUGCUCACCCUGGCCAGCCCCUGCCCUCUUAAAGGUGGCAUCACAGACCAUCACAUGGUUGGUUCCAUCUUUUGUCAACCCCAAAUAUCUCAAAGAGUCUUCAUUGGGACCAUGACAAUGAAAACCUGUCCACAGCAAAUGGCCAUGCAGUACAGUUCCCCACAGCUGGUCCACCAAGCUGACCUCUGAGCUUAGUGUGGGGCUGCUUUUUGCCUUUUUGUAAUUGCUCUUGAGAGCCAACUUUAUAAGCAGAAAUGCCUGGAAUCCUUGCUUUAGGUGGAAGAAUUUUGUUUGAAAACACAUAUAAGCUGGCUAGUCUUGAACCAAAAGAAGGAAUGUUUCACUUGUAUGAUCUCACAGGGAAACAGACAAGUGCUUGUAAGCAUAAAAGACACAACAAAGUGGGGAAGUAAAUCACAAUGAAAAAUAAAUCUAUUUGUUGUCUAUCUGUUGGGGGAAGCAGUAUUAACAAACAAAUCAAAUGCCUUGUAUGAUUUCCAGAGUUAUAAUUAUAGAUCCUUAUCUUGCAAAUACAAGUCAACCAAAUGCACAACAUUUUGGGAAUGAUGGCAAAAAUGUAUGACUGAAAAAACAAUAAAUACCUAAACUGUAUUGUUUUAUGAAUAAAUUGGUUACUUACAGCAUUUUU